GGAAAAUGCCGAGAAAUUACGAUUGUCAAAUGUGUUUUUUUUUUCUUUGCAAAAAAAUGUCUUUAAGUCAUUUGUGUGCUAUUGGCACUAUUUUUCAAAACACAUUCGAUGUUAGUUAUUUCCUUUUAUCAGAUAAGUAAAAAAAUCUAAUUAUAAAAAAAGUAUCGUGCAAGCGCCAACGUAAUCCGGAUUGUUUACAUAGGAGACAGGUGCUCUUUCCAAAUUUGCAAGAAAAUGAACUGAGACAAUGAGGAUGGAAGAUUUAGAAUUGACUGGGACCCGGCCCCCUUCAGUGGCAAGUUCAAGACCAUCAUCUAGAACUUCAAACCGGCCAAACUCUGGGUACCAUGUUGUUUCUGAAAAGUCCAAUGUUGAUGAACUACUUUUCACUUCUCAUCACCCUAGGCUCGACAAUGUGAAAAGCUUCAAACCACCUUGGUCUAAUACACCUCGCUGUAACACAGAUAUAGAGAAAAGUAAAAAGAUGCCAAGGAUGAAGCCCCUUUUAUGGACUCCAAGUGAUGAUCGCGGUACAUAUACUAGUCAGUCUGAUAAGAAGGGCUAUAGAUCUUCAAAUAAAGGACAUAAUCAUACAUUGGAUGUAGAGAGACUGAAUAGAUAUAGGCCUGUGAAACAGAAGCCUUCUUUUUGUGAUGAGUCUUUAUUCGGACCUAGGCUAGAGGAACCUUCUUUUGAAGCCCCAUGGGCUGAUAAAACCAAGAAACCUAAGCCUUACCUAUUUUCUCCUUUGGACUAUGCCAGAUUAACACGAGAAGGGUCAACUAUGAGUGCUAAGUAUUCGUCGUCUGGGACAUUGGACGGGAGACCUCCAUCUAGACAGGGGAGGCGACCAAAGACUGCUUCAACAAGACCUGUGACUGUAGAAUCUGCUGAAGAUAUUCAUAAACCAACCUGGAGACCAUAACCCGUAUAUAUUUAUUGCACAAUUGUAAAGUCAAUUUUUAUUGGAUCCUAUAUGUUAUAUGGCACUAUUGUAAUGUAAUUUUUGAUAGGAUAAUUGUGAAGUUUAUAUAUCUAUAUACACUGCUGUCUUAAAGGGACUAUACUGAGGGUUUUAGUCAUGAAGGGACUGCAAAUAUUUUUCUAAGAUUUUUGUACCAGUUGAUGAAGAGUUGGAUCAAUUACUUGAGCAAAUUUUCAGGUCAUUCCCUCAUAUUGUUUUUAUGUUGUGCAAAAUGAGCCAAAAAGAAAAAGCGUUGCAACACCUUUCACUCUAAUCAAGCUAAGAAUCACACAAAAACUGAUUUUCAAUAUAAUUCUGAGUAUAUUUCUUUGUUAUCCUUUGCAGAGUUUCCCAUUUUAAUUGCCUCACUUGAUAUUAAUACGAUUUUCAAAUUUUAUGUUUUCUAGACCUCAGUGAAGUUCUUUUAAAUUUUUAGAGCAUUUUUUUAUUUUUCCACAAAUAAAGACAUUGUGCAGUAUCAUAAACUUUUUAAAAAGAUUUUUCACAAGUUAUAGGGAUGUGUAUAAAAUAAUGGUUGUAUACAAUAAAACCAUGGCUUUAUUGCUUAGACAGGUAAUAUUAUAAGCUUACAACCAUAUAAACUUGGCCAUAUAACCCAAAAUCAAAAUUAAUGAAAUAAUCUUUAUAUAUAUUAUGUGCCCGGUAGUUAUGUUAAUAUGUAGAAUAAUCUAUAUAACUAUUUAUGAGAAAAAAGGUUUAGAUAUAUUAGGGUUUGGAUGUGGGUUAGAAAUGUAAAUGAUCUAGAUUAUAUCAUUAUUUUAUUUUAGAAGGAAAUAGAAUCUAGUGUUAUGCUGGUGAUGAUAAAUGAUUUUCAGAAAAAGUCUAAUGUUACAUUGUUAAACAUGUUUAAUUUUGGCCAGGUACCUAAAUUUCUUCACCCUAAUGCAGCUACAAGUUGUGUCCAAUAAUUGUAGGGUCAGGGGUCACAUAACGAAUCUGAGCAUACUGUACUUUUGACUUAUACAUGUACAUUUGUAUUAUAAUAAUAUAAGCAUUUUGAUACCAAUGUACAUGUACCUUAGUAAUAGGGUCAGGAUAAAAAUUCAAACAGGGCCAGUCAGUUUUAUAAAUUUAGAAAGUUGAUUAAAGGUUUAUUAACAGUAAAAUUCAUAAAUAUUCUCUCAGGAUUCUGUGUAACUUGUUUCUUAAUCUUUGUUUUGUGGUAAAUCCGAGUCUUUUUGAAAGAAACAGAUGUCCGUCAUCUUUGAUGUUGUUAAAUGUUUAUUUAUACAUGUAAAAUGUAAAUAAUGUUUUGUUAUGGUUUUUUUCUUACUGUAAGAUUUCAAUUAUAAAAGUUCAGUGUUAGAAGUUAUAUUGACCUGGUUAUGUACACAGUGUAGAGCUAAUCUCCUAUGAUUUGUAGAUGUGAUCUUAGUGUGACAAAGCUGUUACAGAUAAGUGUACAUUAAAUAGUGAAAUCUCUCUAACAAAUGAAAAACUCUAAUUUAAAAGAGAACAUCAUGGCUAUAGCAUAUUUUAGCUUGAGGGAAAGGUGUUUUAAAUUAGAUAAGAAAUUAAUUAAAUAUAAUAUGUAUUUCUGCUUUGUUAAUGCAUGUGACCUGUAAAAUAAACAUCUUUUGAGUAUACACAGAGAAGAUAUGAUAAUGUUUUAAACCCUACACACUAUAUGUAUUAGAUAGUGUCAUUAAAAAGCUGGUCGUUUUAAUCUUUAAGAAAGAGCUAACUAAACUUGACCAGUUAUAGAGAAUUCAGCUUCCAAAACAUAUGUUGUGCAUUUUCUUAUAUAAGUCAGUCAAAUUCAAUAAGAAUUUCCUAAAUUUCAAUAAAUUUCUGCAAUAAAAAUAUUUUUAAUUAUUAUAAGAGGUGCAAAGUAUGUAUUUAAAUAAGCUUAUCCAAAACUUGAGAUUUUCACUUUUUAUCAAUAUAUCAUGUGUGUUAUGAAAACAUUCACAAUUUUUUUUUUAAUAUUUUAUAUUUAAUUAUGAUUUUAGUAUUACUGUAUUUUUUCACACUUUUUGUUUUGGUGUUUUACAUUUAGUUUGUAAAGGUGCUUUAGCAGUAUAAAAUUGAAUAUUGUCUAAGAUUGUAGUAAAAGUAUAGAUGUAUAAUGGAUAUUUAAUUCCUUAAAUCAGAUGAAGUUCUCAGAUAUUUGAUUUGUACCUAUUUUGUUUGUAAAAAAAGAGAAAGAUAAUGAGUUAAAUUCUUAAUUCUCCAUAUUUCAAAGUGGAGAUUUUAUUUUG